AUGAAGAUCAAAGCUCUCACCCGGAGCAUCACGGCGCAGCAAGCGCCGGGCUCCGACGUCCAGCGGGCCCCCCGUAACCUCGCCCCCGAACUCCAUCCCUUCGAGCGCGCUCGCGAAUAUCAACGUGCCCUCAAUGCCGUCAAGCUGGAGCGCAUGUUCGCCAAGCCCUUCCUCGGUCAACUAGGCAACGGCCACGUCCAGGGCGUGUACAGCAUGUGCAAGGACAAGAACUCCCUCAACUGCAUCGCGUCAGGGUCCGGCGACGGCGUGGUCAAGGUCUGGGACCUGACAACCCGCGACGAGGAGACUUGGCGUGUGGCGGCCCACAACAACAUUGUCAAGGGCCUGACCUUCACCAAUGACAAGAAGCUCCUUUCAUGCGCGACAGACGGCAUCAAGCUAUGGGAUCCCUAUGCCUCGCCAAGCAACACAACACCCAUCGCUACAUGGCAAGAGGGAGGCCCCUAUACUUCGCUAUCCUUCCACAGAUCCGCCAACACCUUUGCCGCCUCGUCCGGCCAGGGCUGCAUCCGCAUCUGGGACCUGGAACACAGCACUGCGGGUCAGGCAAUACAGUGGCCCAGUUUUGUCGAUACCAUCACCGAUGUGUGCUUCAACCAGGUUGAGACAUCGGUUAUCGGGUCCGUAGCUACGGAUCGCUCUAUCAUUCUGUUCGACCUGCGCACCAACAUGCCGGUCAUCAAGACCGUCCUGCACUUUGCCUGCAACCGCAUUGUGUUUAACCCUAUGGAGGCCAUGAACCUGGCUGUUGCCUCCGAAGAUCACAACAUCUACAUCUUCGACGCCCGCAAUUUUGACAAAGCCCUCAACAUCCAAAAAGGCCACGUCGCCGCCGUCAUGGACGUCGAGUUUUCGCCCACUGGCGAGGAGCUGGUCAGCGGUUCCUACGACCGCACUAUCCGCCUCUGGCGCCGCGAUGCUGGUCACUCGCGCGACGUCUACCACACCAAGCGUAUGCAGCGCGUCUUCCGCACCAUGUGGACCAUGGACUCGAAAUACAUCCUCACCGGCAGCGACGACGGAAACGUCCGCCUCUGGCGCGCCAACGCCUCCGAGCGGAGCGGCGUCAAAGCCACCCGGCAACGGCAAGCCCUCGAGUACAACAACGCGUUACUUGAUCGCUACGGGCACCUACCCGAGAUCCGGCGCAUCCGUCGGCACAGACACCUGCCCAAGGUGGUUAAGAAGGCGACGGAGAUCAAGAGGGAAGAGUUGGCUGCUAUCAAACGCAGGGAGGAGAAUGAGCGGAAGCACAGUAAUAAGAAGUACGAGAAGAGGAAGAGUGAGAGGGAGAAGGCUGUUUUGGUUAAGCAGCAGUAA